UUGGGUCAUGGAUUGAGCAUUUAAAGGCCAUAUCCAUGCAUUCAUUGGGUUCAACGUCAUUCAACCGUGCGGCGAUGUAUUAUGAACCCGGCAUUUUAAUUGACAGACGCAAGAGUUCAAACGAGCUCCACUAGCUUCUUUCAUGAUUUGCUCGGUAUACUCUGUCGCCGUUCUGUUUGUACAUGUGGGCGAAUCAUCACAAUAGGUGGAAAGUGAACAAAUACCCAAGCUUUACCUUUUGCACUCAACAGGAGGCAAACCCUGCUCGGUGUAUCUGGAUAUGUUAUUGUUCGGAAGCAGUAGGCCAGGGCCGCUGAAGGAGUUCCAUGUAUUGUGGUGGUAUUGUAUGUAUUCGCUUUAAUAGCGCUACCGCAGGUUUUUUUUUUAUGAACACCGUAUUGGUAGAUUAGGAAUAUAUUUCCUCUUUCAAGUUAUACACGGAAUGUGAUGAACACGGAUGAUAGACGGUACAUUAUAAUCCUUCUGAAAUAUAUCAGGACCUCAUGGACCAGCACAUACUCCCUUACCAAGCGUCCAGAUUGCCUGCGUCGUUGAGGCGGAUCGCGAAGUCACCAGGGAUAUGAGGAAUACAAUCUUAUUUCGGUGACCAGUGGCUUACGAUACGAACUGCCAGGACCGCAAAGGUCUAUUUUAUAGUCGACAAGAGGACAAUUUUGGAGAAAAGCUUUUGAGUCUAAGGUGUAAGUUUUCAGUGAAAUGUGAUCACAGAUAGAACUCAAUAGUCGUUCUACCUAUAUUCCCUUCGAUGAGUUCGAUUCUCACAUGAACUAGUAUCCGGUGGGUCAUUGUUUUUUUUUUUGGUACUAGUUGAUCGUUAUACUCAGACACUCGUCAAACAUACGUCACAAUGGUGUAGUUUCUAUACGUCAGAGAAAGUAACAGAAUUCUACCAGACCUUGAACGUGCGUCUAUUGUGAACAUUUUAUGCAUUUCCAUGCAUGUGUGGGAUGACUUCGUUAUUUUGCAUGCAUAACAUUAAAAAAGCGAGCGGUUUUACUUUCGUCUUAACUCUCAUUGUUUCACUUCUAUCUUAUCGGUAAGAGAAAAUAGAGGUGGUCUCGAUUCGCUUUCAUAAGAUGCUCUCGUUACCAAGCAGCUCUAUAAGGAAUAUAUAAGUUGAACAGGCUGAAGUAAUCCUUGCAGUUGAAAGAGUACAUUAAUGAACAUGGAUCUAUCAGGUAUAAAGGCGAUGAUGUUUGCCAUAUCGUGGAUUUGCUCAAGUGCAACAAUUCUUGAUGUUAGGCUACAAGAUGGGGAUUCCCCGACUAGCGGCCGAAUCGAGGUCAACGUUGAGGGCAUUGGAUGGAACACAAUUUGCGGGAGCUCGUGGAACAUGAAUGACGUCAUAGUGACGUGUCGACAGCUCGGUUUUACCGGGGCUCAAAUGGAACUCACGAGGUCCCAGUUUGGCUCGGGGACAGCCCCCAUCUACAAGAAGAAUAUCAAUUGUAAAGGAAAUGAAAACAAUUUGGACGAUUGUCAGAUGUCGUCACAGAGUUGCUUUGGCAGUUCAAACGCAGCAGGAGCAGUGUGUCAAGGACCAUCUUAUCUUGGCUGUUAUGCAGAUAACCCGCUGUCACGAUUACUCACGGGGACAUCGUACGUCGAUUCGACGGCGAUGACGACCAGCGACUGUAUUUCCUUCUGUAGACUCCGCGAUUUUGAAUACGCGGGCCUGGAGCUGGGUUCUGAAUGCUACUGUGGGGAUGCUGAUUCAGAUUAUAUACAGUACGGUCACUUUAGCGACGCAGAAUGCCGACACACAUGUGCGGGGAACAACUUAGAAACCUGCGGAGGAAUUGCAAAAAUGGCCGUACAUAUAACAGCCACUCCAACGACUGUUACCAUGCCAACUACCCGAACAUCGUCGGCAAGAACACCCAAUCCUCUAGAGGGAACCAGUCCUGGUAGGAAUACAACCAUGAUGUCUCCAAGCUCAACAUCAUCAACUGAAGUGGCACCUACCAAGAUUUCCGAAGGAUUCAAAGGCAGUCUGUCAGAUGGAAUGAUGAUGAUAAUUGUAUACAUCUUGGGGGCGCUGUUAUUCUUUUGCAUUGUUAUAGUAUUGGGCUGUCUCAUCUGGAACUGCAGAUUGCGGUCGAGAAUAACGUACAACAUUUCUGGCAAGCUUGAAACACCUCUAGGCAACGAUCAAACCAUAAACGCCCCUCCCUACAUGACGCUAAGCGAACGCAAGAACGACGGGGGCAACGGUUACCAGAGCUUGAGCGUGCAACGCAAAGAAGCCCAGAGGAUCGCCAUGCCAGACGGACCGUACGCGGACAGUUUAGGCGAGCCAGUGUACCAGGAACCCGCUGUAUACUUGGAACCGGACAACGUCUGUUCAGUUUCCUACAAACCUGGCGAUCCGGUUUCGGAUGAAUUGUUUUUAGGAGGAGGGAAUGAAUAUGAAACACUUGGCAUGUAGCGAUGCUGACAAAAACGUUAUUUAAAAAAAAAAAAUAUUUGAGAAAUAGAUGGUGCUCGAGUUA